CAAUAAUUAUAGUAGUAUCGGGUUACCCGAUAUUGUGAUAAAAUCGAUUGUAAAGUUGGUUUUUAUUGCUCCAUAUAUUUAUCGCUAUACUAUUUAACGUAUACUGUGAAUGAAUUCUGUUUAAUUUUUUUAUACAUGGCGUUAUUUUCAAGGUAGAUAGAAUAUCUGUUCAAAACAAUGAUUUUGCCUCUGAAGGUUACUAUUGCUGCAGCUGUAGUUUUAUUCUCAACAAUGUCUGUUGCUGGGCAGUGUGUCAGCCUCACCGGAACCUAUACAGACACGGCAAGUAGCUCCGUGGUCCAAUACAUAACAUCCUACAACUAUCCUUCAUAUUAUAGCAAUUAUAUAGACUGCACGUCGACAAUAAGCCCUGUGGGAUCAGGACAGAUUCUGUUCUACGUCGAACUUGAAGAUAUAGAGUACAGCUACGACUUCUUAAAGAUAUAUUCUGGUUCUGUACAACUGUAUCAUUCGGAUCAAAAUUCCGCUCCUUUCGUUGAUUUAACUACAGCUGGAGAGGAUCUCACUGUCAGGUUUACAACCGACUACAGUGUUGCAUUAGGAGGAUACAAAUUGAACUUCAUUGAGGUCGACUUUCAAGGUCAAGCUAGUUGUGGAAGCACUUUAACUGCAACGGCAUCACAGCAGCAACUGAGCUACGUGCACACCUCGUCGCAACCGACACCGUGCACAUGGACUAUAAAUGCGGCAGACUCAUUAUCCUAUGUUACAAUAGAAGUUCUGUUGGUGCAAGGGUAUGUAAAGAUAACUGAAGCAGGCCACGAGUCAUACCUUUAUACAACGAGCUAUAGUUACGUCAGCGGACAGUAUGACGCAAGUGUACAAGUGAUAGGACUUUCUGGAGUUGACUUUGUUGUGCAGUUUAUUUCAUCUUCAGUAGGUGGUACAGGCGCUGUAACUCCGGCAACAGGAACAGCAAGCGAUACAUCUAUUUGUAGCAACACUUAUAGAACAUCGUAUAACACCAAGCAGUACGUGAAUUCACCCAAUUACCCAAGCCUGUAUCCCAACUCUAGAACCUGCAGUGUUGUUCUGGAAGCAGACGACACUUACAAAUCAGUUACUGUUGAGAUCAUUGACUACGCUUUAGCUAUUUUUGACACUCUAACUAUAUACGACGGAAAUAGCGCAUACUAUAACCCGUUCAGCGGUGUGAGUACCGGAAGUGUAUUUACCAGUUCGGGAGCUAGUCUCACUGUGGUCUUUGAUACAAAUAGCUACGGUCAAGAUAGAGGCUUUAACCUAACAUACAACAGCGUAGUUAGAGAAAUACCCACUUGUGACAGCGUCGUACUUGACGAAAAUGUUACGUCAAGUUCCACUGAACACACUAUAGAGUCACCAAAUUAUCCGAGUGAUUACUACAAUAAUAUCGACAGAUACUGGCUAAUCGUAAAACCUGUAGAAUCAGACAAUAUCGUCCUAGACUUUAGAGUGUUUCAGGUAGAAGAAUCAGCCGACUGUAUAUAUGACUACGUGACUAUAUACGAUGGCGCAUGCACCAGCGAUCCCGUAAUUGCAGAAUUCUGCGGGUACGAUCCGGUAACAAUCGAGGAACCUACUGGACUCUACAUACUUGUUCAUUUCCAUACAGAUGGUUCAGUCGUUAAGAAGGGUUGGUCACUAACACAUUAUAUUGGGCAAUAUCAAGAUCCCGACGCGGACGAUGACGACGACGGAGUAGUCAUAAAAGAUUUUAUCUACCCUGUAAUAGGAAUAGUGGUCAUCUUAGUACUCGCCGGUAUAAUUUUCACCAUUUUCUACUGUAAAACUAAGGGCCGUGUAGGCGCCGGCGAGGCCAAACCAGCUCCGAAAAGGCGGACAACUCAUGAACUAAUGACAGAGUUAUCAAAUAGAUAUUACCUUACUGAAACAGAAAAACAGCCAAAAGUGAAACGAAAAGCCCAGAUAUACCACCCAGAACCCAAUCCACCAGGGCCGAACGUGAAUAUUAUAAAUAGAGGCCAGCUGCCACCGCACCCACCACCGGUACUCUCUGAUCCAGCUUAUCCACCGGAUUUUAUGAGUACGGGAUCACAAAUGCCACCACAGAAUAUAGCCCCGGUGUUAGCACCGGGCUCGAGUGUUGCGCCUUCAGCUUCACCCAUACCACCUGGAUCAGCCCCGUCAAUGAUCCCUCAACCUUUCGCAUAUUUAACCCCAUCGGAGGCACGGGCUCAAGGACUUUAUGGAUCAAGUUGAAAUGAUGUGUGAUAUAUAAACCCUUUCUGUUUACGGUUUGUUUUGAAGGUUGUAAUAUCACUGUUUUAUACCAUUCAUCAAACGUCUUCUCAUUGAGUUUUAUGGGGUUGUAGUUUUCAGCAGCAGUAUUAUUUUAUCAUUUUACUUUCCUAAAUGGAAUGUUUUAUGUCAUAAUCAUCAGUUACAGUCAAACCUGAGAUAAAGACCACCUAUGGUUUGAGACAACGUCGCUACAGGUGUUCGCAUUUGCAGUGCAUUUAAUUGUCUUUGUUUACAGGUUAAACGUCCUAUUUUAUAUAUAGCAAACACCUCCAUGCCCGUUUGACCGUAUUUAUCAAAGUUUUUAGUUUACAUUUCAAAAUGCUGAAAAUUAGUUCCAGCGAAUAUUUGCAAGAACAGUAUAAAAUUUACAGAACACAAAAUCGUGGGGCAACCUGAAUACUAAUAGAUGUUGGUGGAUAUAAAAACCAGGCGUUCUCUGAGCACCAUUCCUAGACUUUAUGAAGAUAGAACUUUAUAAGCAGAAUGUCUCGUCUGAACAUGCUAAAUUUCUGAAAUAGACUGAUCCAGCAUUCAAUUCGGGCAGUACAAUUUAUUAAACGAAGGAGUGUCCAUUGAAAAUUUACUGACUGAAUAGCGAACAGUGCAGACUGAUCUUGGUCUGCACUGGUCGCAAAGGCAGAAUAACUUACCGCCAGCAGGCUGAAGGGUAUCUUUUGCAUACAAGUCGUCCCAUAAUAGUUUGAUAGGUGUGUUAAUCUUAUUUCUUUGAUGCAAGUUUCGUAGCCUGAUCUAGUUUAUUAAUAAUUAACUAGUAUGUGCCAUUUUUUUAUAUUCCCCCCCCCCCUACGCUGAUUAUAAUAGUAAUAAUAUAUAUCACUAAAUGUUCACUUUUGUGCCACUGUGCCUAUACAUGUAUUUUAAAGAUAUACAUGAUGUGUUGUUUUAAAGUAUUACAUGAAAUGGUUUAAUAACAGUUCAAAA